AUGAAAUGGAAGGAUGGUGGAGGUGCGGGUGGCUCAGCCGUAUCAGUUUCAACUCAGGCGGACAUAGCACAUUCGGCCAAAGGCUACGAGUCAGAGGAUGAGAACGCGGGGAGAAAGUGGCACAGGGCAAGCGACGAACGGCCAGCCAGCAAGACAACCAUGUACUCCAAGCAGGAAUUCCGGGAACAAUACUGCAUCAACAACAAACAAUUGGAUCUGCUGGAACUGGAGAAGUCCAAGAAGGACAGAUUCCUCGGAUGCCUCUCACAAUACCAUAUCGAGAGUCCAUGUUCACGAGCCAAUAGAGCAUCAUUUCUAUCCGUGUGUGUUCGCCGGCGGGUACCCUCCGAUGAGAACCUCAACACCGAUUAUGCACCAAUACAGAGGUACCCCAGGUUUGGUCAACCAACCCCGGCACCGCCCGAGCUGUGUGCCUAUGAUGCCGAUUUGGAGUGCUCAUACUUCAGGAGACGUCCACGGUCAGUGUGCAGCCAGCCUGACCCCAAACGCUACACCUGGAUGCCUGAAGAUGAAGACUUCACCCGGAUGGAGUGGCCACAAUCGGUAAUAGAAGAUAACGCGGGUUGGCCGCAAAAUUACAAUGUCGACCAAAUCGCGUCAGUUAGUCGAGGAGGCUCGUUGCCUCGACCACCUUCUAUAAUUCCAUGCCCCGCCCACACACCUAUACCACCGCCGCCCCCGCCACCCCCUCUCACAAUGGCACCCAACAGGACAAAACACGUGUCUUUCGCUCGUUCUCAUACUCUGACAACUUUUGAUGACUCGGUUAUGCCAGCCGCGGUUGGAGGUAACCGUUUCAGGCGCGACUGUGAAAGGCUGAUCGAUGGACGAGUUGUUAAGCCGGAAGCGAAAUCGUAUUCAACCUUGCCAGUGAUGUUUCAACCAUUUCCACCGUACCCGCAAUUCAUGACCCAGGCUGCACCAGCACCGAUACAUUACCCACCGUCGCUACAACCCAUGCCUACUCAUCCAGCACCAGCGGUGCCAAGACCCACUCAAACGGAUCAAACUAAAGUCGUCGUUUUAGAUUCAAUAAAAAAAGGAGUGAUGAGAACUCAAGCAACACAAACGGAAGUAUGUUUAGGUAGAAAACCAUUACCUCCUAAUUAUUUAUCGUUGAGCCCGCGUACUAUAAAAAGAGUCAAAAUGGUAGCUGCAGGCGUACAAACAAAUGGAUAUACAGUUGGAGCCCGUAGACUCACAAAAUCUUUUUCAGAAGUUGGCGGUGACAGAUUAGUCGGUAGUUCACAAAAUGAUAUUACCGCUACUGUAGAAAGUUUUACCAAUAACGAUCAUGAAAAACUGCAUAGAACACAAUCCGAAGAACCACCCAGAUCUCCACGAUCACCAACAGGUGUAAUGCCUUCUUCACCUUCACAACGCGGUGAUUCAGAUGACGUUACAUCUUCCUCUGUAAAAUCUGUAGCGUCAUCUUCACAAAUUGACAAAUCAUCAGAGCUCAGUGCGUUACAGCGUCAAGCACAAGAAUACUUUCAACAAAACUUUCAAUUCAUUCACGAAAGUGAUAGAGAUGAUACUAUAGAUGAUGAUAUCGAAACUAUAGAGAAAAGCAUGGCGUUAAAUCGUCGAAAUUUGGAAUAUUUACAACAAGAAAUCGCUAAACAAACAAAGGGGGAUAAGUCACUUAGAUCUAUUCUUUCUAAAAGUACAAGUGAUGCUUCACAAAAGACGACCAAUUCUCAUCCCUUUUCAAAAACUUCCACUUUCCAAUCUGAGCCUUCAACAGAAACUUCUGCAACCACAACUGAUGAUAGUGAAAAGAAUGAAAAGGAAAUUAUUAUUGAUUUCGAACCAAGACCCGAUGAAGAAGCUAUACCUUUUACAACACUGAGAAGGAAAAACAGAAGGAUGUUGCAAAAAACUUUAUCUGAAGGAGAAAUUCUUUUAGAUGUGAGGAAAACCGAAUUGCAAGCAAACGAUGGUAUUAAAGACGCUCCAAUCGUUAUGUCUACAAGCCAAGAAAAUAUGACACGGGAGGAUCGCGAAAGAGAAGCAAUGUAUGAGCAAUAUAUUGUUCAAAAUUAUAACCAAACUCCUAUCAAAGACGAAGGCAUCUUUGGUUUCGAACCAGAUGGGUCAUUCAGUUCUUCUGAUGGAAAUGCAUAUGAAGAUUUUCACGAAAAGUACAUUAGUUACAAGCAUGAACCAUUUAGAAAUCGAAGCGUAAGUUUUGAAGAACCGACAGAAAUUAUAGUUAACAAGGACGAAAUUCUUGAAAGCAGCACAGCUAAAUCUAGCCCCGGAUCCCCAAACCCUGCUCCUAUACACACAGAAAUGGAUCAAAAAAUUAAACGAGCUGUUAUAUCUAACACAGUUACUACCAUACUCACUCCUCUAGAUAAGGUUUCACCUUGUGCGUCCAAUGAGUCGCUUACAGUAGAUCAUAGCAGGGAUCAUUCUGAUGGCAACUGGAAUGAAUCACAAACAACUGUUUUGCAAGUUGAUUCAGGUACAGAAAAUGGCACCGUGAUAAGCUCAUCAGAUCUAAGUUCUCUAGCUACAUCACCUGGGGCGCUUGCACUUUUAACACCAACUUCGAGAAGGAAACAACUUUUGCUACUACAACAUCAACAGCGAUCCUCUUUAGAUACAGAUGCUUUGGAUGAAGAAUUUGAUGCCUCGCAAAGUCAGUCACCUACAUCUCCAAGAAAUAAAUUGGAUACAUCAAGUUCUAGCUCCCAACAAGCGAGAUCAUCCCUGUCUCCACCUGCUGUAGUUCCAAACAUACCGUUACCUAUUACUAAGCAACCAACUAUUUCGAAGAAUAUCUCACUUGUAGCCCCAAAACCCCUCAAGGAGAAAAGAUUUACAGAAAAAGGCACAACAAAAGAGCCCAAUGGUACUAUACCAAAUCAAAUAAUUGAAUCUCCUUCUGAACCAACAUUGGCUAAAACUGCCAGUAGUGAAACAAGUUUAGCUAGAACAGAUUCAGGGAAAAUUAAUACUACUGAUGUAUCGGAAAGCACUACAACAACAGAUGACUACGUUACCGCUAAUUCUGAUAGUUCUAAAAAAAGUUGCAAGAAUCAUAACCAAAAUCCGGAAAAUAACAAGGCACAAGAAGGGUCAUCUUUUGAAAGCGCAUCAAGUCUUUAUUCUUCGACACGAACAGAAAACAUUGCUGAGGACUUAAUAUUACCAAGUUAUUCACCACCUUUACAAAUCAGCGACGAUUUCAUAGUUCCUGACCUAGCUUCACCGCCUUUACCAUUGUCAGAUAGGAUACCUAAAACUACAGUGGAUAAAAUUGAAGUAAAAGCCGAAAUUACUCCAAACUUUGAACACAACAAGAGAGAAAAGACUGAAAAUAAACUUAAAGAUGAUAUUCCAAAAGUAUCAAAGACUAUGCGUGGUACAAUUAGUGGAAAGAGUAGUUCGAGUGGAAGUUAUAGUAUAGGGGGAUCAAAUCCCAAUGUAACCGAAACUAUUGAGGAGAAAUCUCCUGAAAAAAUUGUAGAAUUACCAGAACAAAAUGAAAGUAAAGAAACGACUAACAAAAUUGCUGAUAAAGCUGUACGUGCACAAGAACAACUUGUGCCAAAAAUUAUGGGUUCCUUAUCGGAUGAUGAAAGAAGCGUACACUAUUCUUCUUCCGGCUAUUAUGAAAGUCCUGUGGACGAUGAUGAUGACGGUGGGUUAACCUAUAAACAUUCCCAAAAAUAUAGAACAUCGACAAGACCAAAAUCAUGGCUAUCUGAGGAGAAACGCAAAAAAAAGAAAGCUUUCACUUUAGAAUUCUCAAAAUCUUAUGAUGACUCUGUAUCUACUUCUCAAGAUGAUUGGGGUAAAAAGCAUAUAAAGGAGUCAGAUAGCACCAGUCAAAAAUCUGAACGAAAUGUAUUUAAAUAUUCCAACAUCAAGUCUCCAUUAGAAGAAAAGGCGCCAGAGUGUCGUAAGAAGAAAACUCAUUUUGCAGAAAAAACGAAAAGUGUUCAAUCUUCUCCGCGAGAACCGAUAGAUAUUGAAAAAUCUAUAAAAGAUAAAACGAUGAAGGAAAAAGAUUCUGAAACCAAACGUCCUCCUGAAAGGGAAAGGUAUGUGAAGAGGACAAAACUAAAAGCUAAAAGUCCGACUCAAAACAAAACGCUGGAUGGUAAUCAUAGUUAUCGGCCAACACAUUAUGAUAGAAGAGAAGUAAAUGGUUCCAAUAUGAAAUUACAUCUGAAUAUACCAACUUCAGAUGAUUCUAGUGAACAAUAUAGGAAAGAAGGUACUAGCAAUGGUAACAUAUCGCCAAGAAAACAUAGGCGGUUACGAGACAGUCCAAGAAGAAAAACGACUAAUAAUUCUAAUAACGCAAAGUCUCCUACUUCAACUAGCAAUCAUUCAAUAUACAGGCCGAGAAGGAAGAGCGGUUCUAACGAAAGUAUAUCACUGCCUGGCAGCUUACCACGAAGAAAACAGUCAAUACCAACAGUUCCAUGUCUAAGUUCUUUAGAAGCUGAAGAUAUAGAAACAACUAGAACUCUUACAUGUGCAGGAUCCAGGUUGACACCACUUAGAUAUGUAAAAAGUCCCACAACAUCGCCUAGACAUCAAAGGAAGCAGCAAGAUAAAGAAGGAAAAUGUGCAAAAGCAGCGUCAGCAGAAUCUCUUCGCUCAGUGUCACCGGGAUCAGAUUCCGUAUUUUAUUCAGAACAAACGGAGCCGAGUCUAGCGGGGGCUGAUGGAGAAUCUAAGGCACAUUGCCUUCAUUGCGGCAAGGAAGUCCAUAUCGUGACAGCCGCGCAUGAACACGAUAGCAUAGCAUCCAGAACUUCUCAAACAGACGAAUCUUACGCUGAUGCUACACCAGACAUUGUGCCGGCACCAGCAGGUUUUGCAGAUUCUCCAUCUUGUGUGUCAACGAAAAAGGCUAGCGGUGCUCGUCUAUAUAAAAAAUUAGACAAGAGAUAUAGAUCUGAAGACAAAUCCAGGCAUCACUACCGGCAUAGGCAAGAUGUUCGUGCAAAGUCUGAAGAAAGAGGCAAAGAAGAGUACGCCACCAACGAGAAACCUCAAGAUACUCGCAUAGCUAGGUCUGCUGGUAAUAGUUUAGAUAAACUAGGUGGAUCUAGCGCAAGUGUAGAUCCUGAUGAACAUGAAGAAUGUUCUGGCAGUUCUGAAGGAGCUGAAGGUGGUCGAGAUGAAAAGGAAUCUACGCUUCUCCUUGGUGGUGUGGCAACUGGAUACUACUCUCUGAAAAUGAUGACCAUUGGACCAGAAUCCCUCCAGGUAGAACAGGAAGUCAUCUCAAAUAAAUUAAAGGACAGGUGCACCGCGAAGACUAUCUAA